UGUGUACUGCUCGGAACCUUGCUGUCCUGUUGCGCGUGGAAAUUGCAUGAGCUUUCCAAUCGUCACAGGAUAUUUCGAAAAUCUCCAAAGCUGCUUUGGUUGUUGCUUCUUUGAGCGGAUGAAAAUGUGUCCUGCGUGUGUGUGUGUGUAUGUGUGUGGCUCGUCCCGAACAUUACCGAUGGGAGGCUUCGCCAAAGUGUACGACGACGACGACGUGCUUGCUCCCCGCUGAACGAGCAUCUGAAUCAUCCAGCACAUCACACAGAGCAGAGCAGAGCCCCCCAUACGCAUGUACACACAGGAGCGGAUUUUUUGGUGGGGAUAUAGGAAGAAUGAAAUAUUCAACUGGUCGCUCGAUGGCAUAGUGUUGGUGAGUCCGCUCGGCCAGGAUACGGGGUGCUGUGUCGCUACGUUUUGCAAAGUUCGGAAGGCACUUUUUUGUUAGUUGGUUGGUUGGUUGGUUGAUUUAUUCAAGGCGAGCGGCUGAAGUGAUUUAUGAAGCGUUUGUAGGAGUCCGUUUUUUUGCGUUCCGUUUGCUCGGUAGUCUCUAGUAGUUAUAGGCCAUCAUGUGAACAGCUAGUUUGUGUAUAUUUAUCACUCGCCUCAUCGCUCUGUCGUCGUCGUCGUCAUCGCUGUUGUCCUCGUUAAUUGUAGCCUCGUAGCCCCGUGGCCAACACCGAGUUCGACGGGGCAGUACGAUUUUAAUUGUAUCAUCCCAUCAUAGCACACUGGCUUCACCCGUUUGCAGGCUAAGGCUUUUUGAUUCGAUUGUGUGCCACAGCGCCUACGUACGUACGUGUGUAUAUGUGUGUGUAUGUGUGAGUGUACGUGUGUGUAUGUUUGCCAUAAGAAUUGGCCGCUCCUGAUCGCGGUUUCGUGGGGUUCGGUGUCGCGUGCGAAUCCUUUCGUUGCUCAAUUUCAACCCAGCCAGCCAAUCCCAGCAGAAUAAUCAAUCAUACAACGCUAUAGUGCGUAUACACACGACAAUAAGCGAACAAGCGAGCAACAAAUAUAGUAGCAAACACAUCGCAUUAGUACAGCAGAAAUCGAAACCAUCUCACUAAAAACGGGAACACACCUUUCCCUGAGUGUUUGCUUGAAAAAUAAAAUCGGAAAAGGAAGCAGCAAUAACUACCUACGUAAUCCAACAGAUAAAAUAUCCCAAUUUUGGUGCAAGUUUUCUAGUGUUUGUGCGUGUGUGUCUGUGUGCGUUUAUGUGUGUGCGGUCCGGAAUUGGUGCUUACGUGCGUGAAAAACGCUCUUUCCCUUGUUCCCUUGGAACCAACCUGUUCGCAAUGGAUUAACGGUUUGAAGUACGGCUUUGGUAGUAGAUUUUUGGUGAACAAAAAGCGCCAAACGAAUACCAUCGGAGGACAUACUUUUCACAACACGCGGGGUGUUAAUUAGCACCUAAAGGCAGCAUUCUCAGCAUUGCGGUGUUUUCGGCCACUCUGCCGCCUAGUGUUCAUCGGUCAGAAGAAGAAGCCACAGGUAACACACACGUAGCGCAGGACGCGAAAACAGCACGACGAGCAAGCGGACACGAUGGCUAGCGGACGGGCACGGUUACCACCAACACCCGGGACGGUUGCCUCUUCCGCGUCCACGGCUUCCUGCGCACGUCCCACACUGACCGAGCUGCACACGAACAACAACCUGUACCAUUCGUCGGCCGUCGCAGGUGAUGGAGCUCCGUCGGCAGUGGAAUACCAGCAGCAUCCGAUGCAUCAUCCCUCCCAUCCAUCGCAGCAAUCACAUCUGGCGGGCGGUGGUGCAACACACCAUCACCAUCAGCUGCACCCGCACCAGGCGCAGGAAGUUGGCAUGACCGCAGGCGCUACUACCUCACAAAUGCUCCCGGAUGGCGGCGCGCUACUAGGACAUGGCGUGACGCAAUCACUGCGCAAACCGUUCGAUGCCCCCAGGCACAUACCCGAACGACCGAGCCAGCUGGCCGACGAAAGCGAUUGGAUGAGCGAUUAUGCGGAUAGCAAUCUGAAACGUCGUAGCUCCAUCACGAAAGACUACCUACCGGCCGGAGCGGCGGCGAACACGACGGACUGGCUGAAGAAAAGCAUUCGUCGCUCGUGGACAAUAUCCAAUGCAGAAGAUGAUAACGGCUCCACACGGGACCCGGACGUACAGCCAUAUCCUAAUCCACACCUUCCCCGUAAGCAAUCGCAAAGCAGCUACCCGUCGCUGGUGAAACAUCCCUACUUUAAUCCACUCUCGAUGGCGGACGAAGACGAAUACGGGGAGGAAGAGGAGGAGCGGCACGGAGGUCUGGAGGUGGCCGGCGGAAAUCACCGACCGCCCGCACUGCGACGAGCCAUGCCACCGAGACAAUCGACCCUACCGAACCCGGAGGGUAUUUACUAUGGCAGCAAUAACAACCUGAUGCCGCCGGUGUCGGUAUCACCGAAGCAGCAGCUUAGUCCAAGCCCGCAGUACAAUACGAGUCCGUAUCACACCGACAAUGAGGCGGACAACGAGACCGGGUCGGAUCACCGUUCACCGUUGGCGGCACGGUACAAAAUUCGCAGACAAUCAACGCUUCCUUGCAAGCCGAACGAGAUGCUCAUUGAUGGUGGAAUUGGUUCGGGUGCCGGACCGCUGAGAAGUGGUCCGAAGAUUAUGAUGUCCUCAUCGCCGAACAGUAGGACGAAUCUGUACUCCAAAUCGCCGGAACGAGAUGGUAUUGAUGCGGCGUCCAGCAAACAGCAGCAGCGUUUUCCACCCUUUGUACGUCAGUCCACCUUUCCUUCGAACACGAACGACCCGUUCCUAUUACAGAUCCAAUCCCAUUCUUCACCUUCUUCUUCGUCCCUGUCAACGCAGCCUUUGCAGUCCCAGCAACAGCAGCAGCAGCAACAACAGCAAUCGGUUCUACCGACCGUGGGCCAGCAGCGUCAACUGCCCACCUCUCCGAAUCGGUUAGUGUUUAACAAAUCGCCCGACAGUGGUACCGAGUCGGGACCGGGGGCGAGCGAAAGCAGCGGCACUAGCCCGCACCAGGUCGGCAGUAGAGCGGGGGCACGCAAUUACACAAUGACCCGGCAGGCAACACUACCCAAUCCCGAGCAGCACAUGAAACUGCUUCCCACAUCCCCUCCCAAAAAGCAACUGUCACCGCACAGCAUCAAACGAUCUCCCGACUUUGCACGCCAAAACACGCUUCCAGCCUCGCAGCAGCAGGCGCCGUCGCCGCAGCCGCCGCCACAGCAGCAGCAGGCGCAGGCGCAGCAGCCCGUUGCGGGGCCACAAUCGGCACCCGUGCUAAUGGCCAUGCCGUUGGCCGCCUCGUCGUGCUCCUCGCUCGUCGGUUCUGAUGGCACGGCGGGGACGGCACCGGCGGUCACGAUGAACUCUCUGUCGGUGCACCAGCACGGACCCAAAUUUAUGCCCAUCUCGCCGCGCCAGAAAGCAUCCUUUCUCUUUCCCCAACCUGCCGCACCUACACCACGUCCCUUUCACUCACAGCAGCACUUCCCGACGCACUUGAACACCUCGCCCUCGGCAUCGGCCGUUAGUAGCGGUGUAACCGGUACCGGUACGGUGCCCGGUAUCGGCGUUAGCCAUUCGUCCUCGACGUCCCUCUCGACGGCGGUCACGUCGAAGAUGAUCAAGGUACGGAGCCACAGCAACGAGGAGUACACAAUGACACCUGCCACCCGGGCGGGGCUGGGUAUGGGCACGGUGAGCGAGGGACGCCGCAUGCUACCAGAAAUACCGACCGGUGGUGGUACCACCGGACCCGGUGGUAGUCGCUCCCCGAGACUGAAAACGUUUGCCGAAGCGAAACAAACGAUGGCGGAGGACGUGAUGGGCUAUGAGCUGUACGGCACCGGUGGACACCACGCGACUGCGAUCGGUUACGAAGAGUUUUACGACGAGGAUCAAGAGUUUUCGCUGGACCCGAUUGAGACCGGUGUUGGCGAUGUACGAUAUCAGGACGGUGAAGAUGCGAGAGGGAAUGAACAGUUCAACCUUCUUCAGAUGCAGCAGCAACAGCAACAACAGAGACUACCAUUCGUACCGAACGAUGCCAGUCCUGAUUCGGUUGGUGGAACACAGCAGGGUAUUGGUUUUGGAAUGACAAACCGAAAGGAUAGGUUACGAUCGCGCCGAAAAUCACGCGAUGUAUACGACCAGCAGGACGAGAUGAGCGCCACUGGCAUUAUGGAUAAAGGCGAUGUUGGCGCUGUUAUACCUCCCACUGAACCAGUCAAGAGAAAGCCGGAAACGAUGCGCUCGAUCUCGGAGGAAGCACCCGCUGCAAAACCACCGAAACCGGUUACCAGACGUUCGCUAUCCCAUCCGGAAAAGGAUACGCAGGUGUAUAGCUCGAAGAAGUUAGAUUCAAGCAAAAUACCUUCACCCAAACCGUUAACGGAGCUGCAAGAUCGUCAGCACAAACCAUCCACAGCGAUCGGAUCGUCAACAUCGCCACGUAGAAAAAAUAUAAAAUCAUUCGAUUGUGGCACAGUUAGUACGAAAACGACCAACCUACAACCGGGCAGUUAUACGCAGUACCAGACACCAUCAGACGGUGGUGGAAGCGUAGGUCCGUCUUCGGUCUCGCCAGGCAUCGUGACCGAAUCGAGCAUCAGCAGCAAUACUCGUACCAGCGGUUACGGUGGAUCGGCUACAACGCUCGCUAGUAACAUUCCCGGCGGUCCUGCCAGUGUCGUUGGUGGGGCGAUUGGUGGCUUUCAGUCAUUUGGCCAACGGAAGAUAUCGGCUUUUCAACAAAUUCUCCAGCGCCAACGUUUGCAGAAACGUGACUCGAAGAGCCUUGACAUUGUUGCCUCAAAGCUGAUGGAGGAAAAGUAUGGAAGCCGUGGGCAGGACGUGGACGUAUCGAAAUCUUUGGACGACGGUAUCUUUUCCGAAAGUGCUGGUCACCAAUCGGACGAUAAUAGCAGUGAUGAGCAUAUCAAUCUCACGUAUAAACCAUCCUCGAAGGAUAACAAAACCACACUUGGCGAAGCGGAAAUACAAAAUGCUGUUGAGGCGGCGGCCGUGAUCUUUAAGAAGGUGGUGCUGCAGCGUCGCGAGGAGAACAAAUGCAAAUCAUCAAAUGCCAAUCAUGAGUGUCAUAGCAGUGCGGAUGGAUUAACCGAUGAAUCGGCCACCCUAGGAGGAUAUUCGUCGUCGGAAACGGAAGCAGCGGCCGGUCGGAUGCAGUCGUUCGGUCAGGGUGUCCGCUCGAGUGUAAUGCCGUCGGAUUACGAAGAGUAUCGGCUAGUAUUCUUCAGUUCCGACUCAUCGAGUAAGGAGGAAGAAUAUGACAGCAGCUCUACCUCGUCCUCGAAUGCAGUGCGGCAUGCAAAGCGUCACCGAUACAACACAGCAACAGCUUCGCUCGAUGAGUGCGAUUGGGAUUACUUUGAACCAGACAUGAUGCCCGGUGCGGAUGAAACGAAAAGUGCCUUUUUCUACGAAAUGCUUGCCAUGGCAACGGCCACCGCGCAGUGUGUCGGAUCUGCUCAUAGUCAGUGUAAAAACACAACCAGUGUGCCAAGGGUGAACAAUGCUACCAGUGGUGGUCGAAAGGUGGACAAUCGUGCAGAACCAUCCCCCACGUUCUGUCACUGUGAGUGUUGCAAUCGGCGACAGAUGCAGUACGUCCCGAUACCGGUUCCAGUGCCUGUCCCCGUACCGAUUGCGGCCUUUCAAAGCUGGCUGUACGAACAGCAGCAGCAGCUGUUGCUAAUGCACGGUUCAACCGAACCGGUAGAAAGCACCGGUAUGAGUGGUCCGAGUGCAUCGGAUUACGCACUGCGAACGGAUCUAGUGCAGCAGCUGUGGAAAAAGUUUGCCGAUAGUAGUGAAACAAGUGUGCGAAAUGGAUCAGCGGACGCGGAAACGAGCACAGGCGGUAACAGGAAGGUUCCCAGCCAUCCGAAAUGUGCGUGCCGAUUCGGUAGUUCACGCCGUGAUUUGGUAGAAGCGUGUGCAACAUCCGAAAGCCACGACAGUAGCGAUAACGAGCGUAACGCCACAAAAGUGCGCACGUGCAAACAUCUCAACGUGCGGCAUAAGAGUGGUGUGGAAUCGGAGCGUGCAUUCGGCAUCGCUCGGCACGGUACUACUGGUGGUGGUGGUUCCAGUGGUUCUGAAGCGACUGCACCGAACAGCAGAGUGCAUCAUGUGCAAAAAGCAACCCCAUCGUCGGCUACAUCGUCGCCGUACGGUGUAAUGCGUCGUGAUAGUGUUGGUGAUGGCGGUAUAAGUGAUAGCCGUUGUUCGUUGACUUCAUCCGAUCACGACGAGGUAGGUUCGUCGCCUGCGGUCGCAAUACCCACUGCACUACAACUGGUACAGCGCGGUGAUGUUGUACCACCACUACGCACAGGUGAGUUCCCGCUGGCCGUUCCGGUUACGACGAACGCAGCCAACGAUAUCGUUACAACGGCAGCAACGUUGGCGAAGCCCAUUCUAGCGCAAGAUAAUAUCGUCACUGGCGAGCAGUCGAAGACGGCAAAUGGUCGUGUCCGAGCACGCGAGAUUACGCCGGACAGUAAUGUACGUGCUGGUGUUGCGGCAACAUCGUCAUUGGUUGCCACCGACGAAGCAGGAUUAGAUACUGCGGCGACGAUGGAUAACCAGCGGUUGUUGUGCGGCGGUAGCAACGACGACGACGAUACUGGUUCAGCAGAAUCGUCGCAAACUAACGAUAUCGAUUUACGAGCACAACAACAACGGCGUCGACGUGAGGCUUCACCGAGCGAUAUGGAUGGUAGCGUUAACAGUGAUAAUAAGGGCACCGAUACCGAUAACAAAACCGUGGUCGAAGGCAUUACGUAUCCGCCAGGUGGUGGAACUGUAGUGAAAGCAAUGGAGAAAAAUCAACAGCCUCCCAGCAGUGAAUUGGCAGCUUGUGCUUCCGAGGCCAAAUCCGAAGAAAAUCGAUCACAACCGGAGCAAGGUUGCAGUAGUGAAAUGAGGAAAAGUUCUAAAAUUAGGACGGACAGUGUAGACGAGCAGGAUGGAUACCUGCAGUACGAAUUGUUGUACCACCUGGCGCAGACGGGAGGCCGAUCGUCACCGUCAUCGUCGAGUGCAUCGUCGAGUGAAGCGGAAAAUACUACCCCAGCCGAUCAACAGGGCCGGAAAGCCAAGGUUGGAAAGUAUUCGUUCCAUUUGACCGGGAGCAGCGGUGGCAAUAGCUCCUACAGUUCGUCUCACUCUUCCACAUCGUCGCUGCAGGAAAAAUGCAGUUUUGACACGGAUACGGAUGGCGAGGAAGGAGACUAUUUCGAUCGUGAUCAUCGUGCGCUAGAUGAUGCUGCACAGGAAGAUGACGAUGGUUGUUGCUUUGAUGGUGAGGAUGAUGAUGAUGAUGAGGAUGAUGAUGAUGAUGACUAUCCCCACGGUGCGAGAACCAGUGGCAAACGGUUCAAUGCUGUGAUGGUGAUCAAUCCCGGACAUGGUAGCGAUGGCGAAGGGCCAAGCGACAGUGACAGUAGCGACAAUCAAUCGAUAAGAACAGAGGGAGCGCAUAGUUGCUACGGUGAGGUAGCAGGUUUUCCACCCCUUGGUGGAUACGCGGAUGAGGACGGCGCUGGUGAUGACGAUGGCGGUGGUGUUGUGGUGCUAAAACGAGUGAAAAACAUAUCCGAUUUCGAGGAGACAGAAUGUGCCAACGAGCAACAGCCAAAGCUGUUGGACGAUAAAUUGGUUCGAAAUGGUGCGGAGGUGUCAAUCGAACCGUCGUACAAUAGUUCGAUCGUAGGUAGGCGGCCAACAUUGGAUGUGCGGGAGCAAUCGGAGCGGAUGAACACGGCGGGUGUAACGGCGAUGGUGGUAGAUCACCAUCAGCAGCAGAGCGCGGUCCAAUGCACGGCACCGAUGGGGGGAAGCCGCAAAAGCGGUGAAACUGACAGCAGCCCACUGCCAAACGGCGAACAACCUUUGGUGGACCAAUGUUGCGCGAAUGUUGGUGAAUCGAACGCAUACCAGCAGCAGCUAGAAGAGAAAGGUACCGUUUCUCGUCAGACACCACCCGAAGCGAGUGGCUAUGCGCGUGAUGCAGAUUGCCAGCAGCAGGAACACCGUCUGCAGCAGCAGCGGAACGAUAGCAUAAAAGUGGCAGAGAAACCACAACAUGACGACGACGAACACCACCACCAACACAAUCAAGACGAGCUGCCGCACACAGGUAAUAGCAUUAGUAGCUGCGUUACAGGUGUGUAUCGCGUACGUACACCAACACCGGCACACGGCGCGAAUGCGGCCACUUGCGUCAGUAACGCGACGGAUGAAUGUGUGAGUGGCGCCACAGCUACGCAUACGGAAUUGGUAGCUUUGGGCGACAUAAGAUCACCCGAAACGCCCCAUACGGUGGAAGCAGUGCCCAGCAGUUCGACCACUAUUGGUGGCAGUAACAAGUAUACGAGUCUUGUUAUGAUCACGGAUGACGCUCGCGAUACGGAUAGCAGCGUAAGCAAGAGCAACAACGAACAAGAAAGAAACAUUGUAAACGAAUCGUGCAUUCCCAGUGAAGGUGUUGUGGCGAACGAAAUUCAGGUAAACGUUGCAAGUUCCUCCCCCACAACGGAGACGACGACGUCGUCGAAAACGGUACCCAGCGGGGCAGAAGAAGUUGUUUGUGUUCCAUCCGAUCAAGAACAGAAUGAGAUCACGGUGAGACAUAUCCAGCAUUCCAGCAUUUUGGCAAGUGAUGAUCAUUGUGCUGUAGCGGAAACACUUAGCCCCUUACAAAGUCUGCCAGAAUGUCUGCCAGGGCAAAGUCAAACGGGUAGUGCCAGCGGUGUAAGGCAGCACCAGCACCAUCACGAACACACGAGCACAGCAGGGCCGAUUGUUGUUGCGUUGGUGCGUAGUGAUGCUGCUGACGGUGAUCGAAAGAGUUCAACGGAAGGGUACGAAAAAAACCCGCCAUUGGACGCGGCUGGAACAGUGAUGGACGGUUGUAAUUCGCAGUCGCCCUUGGUGCAGUGUGCACCACCCGUCAUGGAUGAGGAACGAUUCCGUGGUGAGAACGUACAGGUGAACAGUGUUGAUCGUAGCAGUGAUUGUGAUGCUUUUUACCAACAAAUGUCGAUCGCUGGCCAGCUGGUUGGCGUGUCGGACGGUGGUAGUGGUGAUGGUGUCGGUGAAACUCAUCAACAGUGUGAUCAUGUUGCCAAAGCUGCCGGUGGUAAUUCAGUGCAACUCGUGAGGCUCGAUUCAGCGGAUGAGACGAAUCAGGUGUACAGUAACGAAAUGGAACGUUACCCUAAUGAUGGUAAUGACGAUGCUGAUGACGGUGAUUGUGGUGGUAUGCAAACCCGAAACGGUAACGUGACGUCGAACGAAAAUGUUACGGUUACGACCGGUUCGAGUACACUGUCGGCGGUCAUCUGUUUAGAGGAUGGACUGGCGGACGAUGAUUCAUGGGUUGAAGAAAUUAGCCAGGACGAGGAAGAGUUCGCUACGACGACAGCGACCGAUUCGGAUUUGGAUGAUUCGAGCGAGGAAAUGUCGUUUUCGAACGAUCGCGAGGAGGAACUUCGCGGCUACAAUCGGACGGCGAUUGAUUUUACGCUUCACACGAUCGUCGAGGAAAGCUGUGAGGAUAGUGAGAUAGAAUCGCGCGGAUCGGACGUUCUGGGCCGCAGACGCGGUCGUCGAGGUGGAGGACGCGGUGAACAUGGGUCUGAAGUUGGUCACGAUGGGGUUGAUGAGGAUGGGCCACGCGACACUGCCCAUCGGUUGUCAGCUUCGGAAUUGGAAAAGUAUUUUUUCUACGGUCUCGGUGGAGACGUUGGAACCAGCAGCAAGGUGGGUGUUGGUGGAACUAUGGGUGAAACGGAAGGUUUCGGCGGAACCGGAUAUGGUGGCGGCAUGCAUGACGAUCAGAGUGAAAUGUCGGAAGAGAGCAGCUCGCUCUGUAGCGAUGGGCAUGAUUCGCUCGGUAGUGGUACUGCUUCGGGAAGUGCUUCGGCGGCACGCCUGUCCGGUGCAUCAAUGGAGAGCCACGAUCGGGACCAUGAGGACAAUGGGAUGGACUCGGUCGCAGAUCUGGCUUCGUCGCGGUUGGAAAAAUAUUUCCUCACAGGGUUUCUGGGAUAUAACAGUACGGAUCGGGGGAGCGGUGGUGGCGGAAAUGGUGGCGGUGGCGGCGGCAAUGGGUCAGACGGAAGUGGUGGCAGUGUGGGAAGUGACAGUGAAGGUCACGUUAGUCCGGAACAGCGGCGUAAGCGACUUGUACGGGCACGAGGAGCAACAAGAUCCCACAGUUCGCUUGAUAAUUUGCUACUGGCCGGAAAGGAUGCGGAACAUAAUCACGAAUCGAUCGGAUCGAACGUUAGCCAGUCAGCGAGUUCAUCGUACGAUACGGCAUGUAUGAUUGCCAGUGGUUCCGGUUCUGGGGGUGGACCCGUAGGAGGAGGGAAUGCUGAUGUGGAUCAUUCCUCUGAAACCGACACCUGCGACGAAGCGACUGCGUUAUACUCCCACCAAGAACGAUCGGAAUCAUCACCGUACGAUACGAUGGGGAAGCGAAAGAAGAAAUUUAUGACCAAAAAGAUGGAUGUAGCACUAGCCCGUGCAGAGCAACAGCAACAGCACCACGGUAUAGCUGGUGAUGCUGGUCCCGGUGGAAUUUGCUCCGAAGCGGAAGACAGCCGAAAGACACCAUUGCAAACAACUUCCCUUGAUGUGGCUAGCGGACGAGAGAUGGGUGUCUUGCCUAGUAUGAUCAGUCCUUCUCUUCAUCCCGUAGGGAUUGAGAACUCGAGAAAGCAAACCAGUCGAGAUAGUGGAUUCAUAGGCAGUAACGAUGAUCUGUUAAAGGAAGAUCAAACGGUAGCCUCCUCAUCGAAAGCAACUUCCUCCUCAACGGUGGAACCUAUUUUGGAAGAAAACAAGAACGACAUCAAGGAGGGUGGUGAUGUGGGAUUCUCGACCGAAGUACAUUCGAUCCCUUCCUACAACGCAUCCCGAUUACCGAUUUCACCCGGUUCGUCAAGCAGUGCGCCUAAGAGCAGCACCCAAGGCCCGGGCAUGGUAAAUUUGGUGCGAAAGGAUAGUUUCAAUAACUGGAGCUCCGACGAGGAAACAAAUCUGAUGAUGUCAAAGAUGCGACAAUUUUUCAAAUCGCUUGUAGCCGCCUCGGCCAACACGAGAAAGUUACCAAACUCGUGCAGUUCCACACCGGGCGUCAGUGGGUCGAACACGCCUCAGCAGGGUGGCAGCACACCGGUCGCACGCCCGCGAGGGAUGCGCACGAAACCGCCACAGUUGGUGUACUUCGAGAAUGAACUGACACGUCUGAUGAAAACCGUACCGGGCAUCAGGGACGAGCAGGUGCGUGAAAUCGUCGAGUACCUGAGUAGUGAGGACACGUGGUCGGAUUCGUACGACUCUUCGGAUUACACGAGCUCCGAUCUCGAGGGGACAGCGGCGGCCGUUGCGGAAGGAAAUCCUUUCGGGUUGCAGGAAGAAAUAUCGGCAAGCUGCAGACAGAUCAUUAACAAGUUCGAUAGCAGCGUUAGGAAGGAUGAGGAAGGCGAUAUUGGUGAUGGGGGCUUAGUGACGUUAGCGAUGUCAGAGAAGGAAGAGUCACCGCUGGUGGCACACCAUCGCCAUCAUCAUCCGCAGCAGCAACAGCAGCCACCCUACCAUCAAACGCCUCUGAGCAAGGAGACUGCAUUCGUGUACCAACGUUUGGUAGCGUCUCUUUCGAAAGUCGUUUCGAACGAGUCUCCAAGUAAGGAAACCAAGGAUCCACCGGUAGAUAUGCAAUCAACUGUUCCGGGAAUGGCCGCGACUUCCGGUGCGAAUAGUUCAUCAUCGCCACCAUUGAUAGCAAAGGUAAUGCACCAUAUCGGUAGCCGCCUGGUAGCUCUGAUGCAUGAAGUAAGCAGCGGGGAAUCGCACGCUAGUGUAUCCCCCAAGCAGCAUCGCAUAGGGGCCCACCGGAAAUCUGGUCAGACGAUGGCGAGUAAUGUUGGCGGCGGUGUUGGUAUCGGUGCAGGCAUCGGUAACACAUCAGCGGGUAUUGGAAGUAUGGUAGGACAUCAUCACCAUCAUCAUCAUCAUCACCAUCAUCAGAUAAUUUCUGCUACUACAACGGAGGAUGAUGAGGACAGUAGUACGUCGGAGAGUAAUGAUCGUCAGCAUUCACACCACUAUCAUCAUCAUAGAACGAGGAUAGGGCUCGGUGGAGCAACAGCUCCCGGAUCUACACCUGCUGGCACACAGGAGGACGAGGAGGAGAUAGGGACCAUCGAGGGAGGCGCAUCGACAUCAUCGUCAUCCUACGCAAUGUUGCUGCCUAGAAGUAAAAGCCACGAUCUGUUGCUAAGCGAUCAACGAUCGCAAGGACAUUAUCAGUACCAUUCCGGAACCGGGAGCGAUAUGGUUGGUGAAGAACGAGGAGAAGCCAGUGACUACGAGCGGUUCUCUUGGCGCGGAAGUUUCGAAUCGGCUCUACUAGCAAAUGGCGACUCGCGCACCAAGCUCUCCAUGCUGGACAAUUCCUCGUCGUCAAAAUCGAUUCUGGUUGCAAAGCGGCGAUCGGCUGGCGAUCUACUGUUUAACAAUCAAAAUUUAAGCCAGGAACAGCUGGAUCGUGUUCGUAGCUGCGGUAGCAUCGGUGGUGAUAGGGAAGAGUUCGAAUCGUCCAAGUUGUGGGAAGCGAAACAGCAGCAACCGCAUCAGUAUCAGCAGAAUCAACCGUACCAUAACCUGCAGCAGCCCCACCAGCAGUUGGUGCAACACCAUCAACAUUAUGCCCCAAGCUCUACCGCAGGCAGUCGUCGACGGUUAUCCAGCGUUGCGGCUGAUGAGGAGGAUACGGAUUCGGAUGAAGGUGUCAUGAAAGGUGGGGGUAGCAAUCGACUGGUCUUAGCUUCUCGAUCUACGCUUCCGCGUAGCUUGCAGAACACGAUGACCAGCGGUACGACUAACUCACUGCCCCGGUUACCGACAUCGAACUUACAGACCAUCAUGCAAUCGGUAGCAUCAUCGUCUUCCGCCUCAUCAUCUUCGGGGACGACCGGCUCGUUAGCGGUCAGUUCUUCGGCGAAACCGACAACCGUAGUGGCAAGUGGGGGUAUGGGACCAAAGUCGCAAAGUGUGUAUCAUUUCUUACAGAAUAAUGUCAAAAGUGCACGAUAUCGUGCACCGGGCUUCAAUCGCCCUCCGUCAGCACCCAAGCGGGCCAUGUCUGCGCCCGGUCUACAGCCACCGUACCCGCGACGUGAGCGGCGUAGUCGCUUGCAACACCUGUCGAAUGAGGAAUCCGGCAACAGUCCGGAUUUGACAGGAUCAACAAGUGCGCUCGGUGGAGAAGAUGAACCACAGGGAAGCAGUUCACGCGCGACAGCAGGUGACACAUACGAUCGGCAACCGGAUGGGACACCUUCGAAUGGAAUGCAGCAUAAGGGCGGUAGUAUGGUUUCGUCGCCCGUCGGUUCGGCCGGCGGUGCCAGUGACAAUUGGCCAUCACAGUCGGAUGAAGAUAUAGAUCGUUUGGUGGCGCUGCAUCAAAACCGUGCCAGUCUAAGCUCUCUAGGUGUACGUUCGGACUCGAUGGCGAGUGUUUACUCGGGCGCCGGCGAAGGUCGCUACGGUACUGUUACGGUUCGCGGACAGAUCGAAUUCGGUAUGCAGUACAACUAUAAACAGGGUGCACUAGAGAUACACGUGAAACAGUGCAAAGAUUUGGCGGCAGUCGAUACGAAACGAAAUCGUAGCGAUCCUUACGUGAAGGUAUACCUUUUACCGGACAAAUCCAAGAGCGGUAAGCGAAAGACGAAGGUAAAGAAGCACACACUGAAUCCGGUAUUCGAUGAGGUGCUUCGGUUUCAUAUGAGCUUGAACAGCCUGCAAACACGCACGAUUUGGAUUACUGUUUGGCAUUCCGAUAUGUUUGGAAGAAACGAUUUUCUCGGCGAAGUGAUGAUGGGUCUGCAGGAUAAAGUGUUCGACAAUCCGCAACCGCAGUGGUACCAACUUCAGGAGCGGAGCGAACCAUUUGAAGAUUUAUCAGCAUAUAAAGGCGAUAUCAUCGUUGGUUUAAAGUAUGUCUCUGCCGAUGCAGAUAGUGGUGGUAUCAUUGGAGCUGGGAGCGUUAUUGGCGGUAGUGGUGGAUCAGCGGGCAGUGGAUUUGGUACGCUUAAUCUGCGAAAGUUCAGUACUCGCUCGUUAACGUCCACCUCAUCGUCCACCCUUUCCGGACAUAGUAAGGGUGCAUUGCACGUAUUGGUAAAAGAAGCGAAACACUUGCAACCGAUUAAGUCGAAUGGUACCUGUGACGCUUUCUGCAAAAGUUAUUUACUACCGGAUAAGAAUCGAAGCUCAAAGCAAAAAACGCCUGUUAUAAAACGAACGAACUCUCCGGUGUGGAACUACACCUUCGUGUACGAAGACGUCUCUCUGGCAGAACUGUCCGAACGAGCGCUGGAGCUUACAAUAUGGGAUCACGAUCGACUGGCUAGUAAUGAAUUUUUAGGUGGUGUUCGUUUUUCGCUCGGAAACGGCAAACACAACGGCAGGGCGGUUGAGUGGAUGGAUUCUACUGGCAAAGAACUUUCGCUGUGGCAGAAUAUGAUCAAUAGGCCCAACUUUUGGGUCGAAGGGGCCCUCGUUUUGCGGCCGUCCCUGGAAAAUGCAAAAUUUUCCACAUAAUUUUCAGAACCCCCCGUAGAAAGCCGAGGAAUCUUAUAGUAGAGCAGAUUCCUCUCAAAAAUCCAUUACACUUGUUCCAUUCCUAUCUUCAUCCAAUUAGUGCUAAUUAGCGUAACUUUGCAAAAAAAAAAACAAUAUAGAACAAGUAGACAAUGAGCAAAUACAUUAUAAGACGAGCCGACGAAAAGUUUGUAAACGAGAGUAAGUUGCUCAUUAACAAACAUUCACACACAAAACUAAGAAAAAAAAACAUAUAAGCGAAUGAAAUGUGGAAAUAGAAUUGUGAUGUUGCUUUGCAAUCAACCUAUACAAUAUAAAAGAAAAUAUUGUGGUUUAUAAGAAAAGUUUAAUAGUUUAAGUAAUUGUGCGAAGGAUCUUUUUUCUGGACCUACUGUGAGUUUGCUAACAAAAUGUGAACGGAUCUACCAUAUAGAGAAAACAGAAAAAAAACAAUAGUAGAACAUGUUUGCGUAACCCCAAGUUGAGCGGAAAGAGUGAGAAAUAAUGAAGCGAAAUAAAAUCAUUAGAAAAAUAGUGGAAUGAAAAGGAACAGGGAAAGUAAAGUGGAAAGUAGUAUCGUACAUGAUCUAUCACCUCAUGCUAAUGGAAUGAAUUUCAUCUGUGUUCAUCUUUACCAUCUAAUAAUACCAUGUUCAAUCAUAUCGAGGCGCGGGUGUCGUACACACGGGGGGUGUGCCAACACUCUUGUAGGCAGGACGUAAGCAGGGACAAAAGUCAAAGUGUUCGUUUUCCUAAUCCCAAUACUAGCUACUAUCAAUCGUUAUGCUCCAUUAGACUUGCCAGACUGGAGCCCUCAAGCUCAACCAUGUUGCGUCUCGAUACGAUCUGUUUCGUCCAUCGUUUUAUCAGCACCAGCAAGUUAGUAAGCGCUCAUUAUCAAACCGAAGCAUGUAAACGAAAAGUUUGCCUUUUUUGAAAGCAAAGUAUAAGCGAUUGAAUUGAGCACAGGACAGGUUAGUUUAGUCACAGAAAGGGUAAUGUUUAAUAGUGAAAAAAAGCAAGGUAGAUUAUUGGGAAGGGGAACAGUUUUUGUUUUGCGUUUCGUUAGAGAAGUUUGGACAUCGACAAUUGAUCUUGGACACAUAUCAUAUGCUCUCCACAUCGUACAUCGUAUGCGUGAUAAAUUCCUUCCCUUCUACAUACUUUGCCAAGCAAUAGCAGUGGACGGCUUCGUUUAUCGAGCGUAUACGAGCAACAACCUUUUUCUUGUUAUAGCCUUUUUCAUACCAUAUUAACGCUGAUUGUUAUACAAACUUGAUUCCUCUUGAGUCUGAAUCUGAUGUGUAAUGUAUAAUGCAAAUAUGUGGAGGCGACUGUGUGUGUGCGCGUGCCGUAGUGUAUAGUGCCACAACCCGUAGGCACAGUAACGUAUGAAUGCAUGCACACAAACAAAUUUAGCGACAUAUUUACAAUUCUUACAAACAACAAAAAAAAACAACCAAUCAAACGACUGACCAUGUUUAUAUGAUAAUUAUAGUAAUGAUACGAUUUAUCACCAUAUUCGUUUAUUCGUAAUAUGGCCGAUGAAGUAAGUGUUGUACGAGCCUGAGCAAAGUAGUGAGUCGACCUUGAUCAAUUUAUUGAACUGCUCUAAGAAGACAAGAAGAAGAACAAAAGAGGAACGAACGAACGAAGGAAUGGCGGUAGGAUGUUGGAAUGUUGGACAAUUUAUGAACAAAGCAUGCACACCACAUUAACUGUGAGUGCGGUUUGGGUUGCAAUUGCAGCAUCAUGAUGGCAUCAACAUACACAUAAGUGGAUGAAUGGUUACGAUACAGAAAAAAAAUCCAACAAAAGUCACUUAGCCGAUGGUGGAUCAUCUCGAAACAAACAGGAACCAUGCGCGUUACGAGCGGUUUUGACUGGUGAUUUGUGUGUGCAUACGCAUACGUACAAUAUACACACGUAUUUUGUAAAACGAACAAUUGUAAACAUAAUUCUAUUGAUAAAAAAGAAAAAAAAUGAUUAUAUUAUACACACACAACACGGAUCAUGAAGCUAGAAAGAAUAACAUGAAUCACGCAAAAAAUCUUAUGAACUUCGCGAUUAGAACGUACUACUCCAUAUACAUACAUAUAUAUACAUAUAUAAAUCUCUCUCUCCAGCAGUUAUGAACAUGCUCGUAGCGUGUGAGAGAAUCCAUUCAUCCACACGUGUGCACCGCUGCGUGAGGGCAAUGUGUGCUAUAUAGUAAGUAAAUCUAGCAUAAACACUAUUAGCAGAAUUCAACCGGAACGCGGUUUAUCGUUCUAAUUCACAAUCAUUGGGUUUUGGUAGUGUGUUGUAGCUGCAGUUGUGGUCGGCCAUAAUAUUGUUUGUGAGCCCAUGUUACGUCGUGAACGGGGAGGAAAACGAUGAACGUAGAAACUAGGACACACACAGAUCAAGUUAGUCCCUUGGUUCUCUUCAGGACAGUUUGUGCCCGUGUGCGGGUGAACCAUUUUCGAUAACUGAGGUAUACGAAAUGGCUUUGCGUUGAAGUUUCCCUUCGUUUGCUUGAUAUUUAAUCAAUUAGAAGUUGAAGUGCAAUCAAUUUGAAAAAAAAAACAAACAAAAAAACAAAUAUUUAUUAGUUGUUAGACAACACACGUUGAAGUGUAAAUGUUUUUGUACCACAAGUUGUCGUGCAUUAUGACUGAGCAAAAAUGCAUAACAUUUCCCGUGCAGAUGAAUGAUGGUAGGACCUUUUCCAUGUUCUGCACCUUCUUUUCGUCUAAAAUCAUCCUUCUUGUAGUGGUUUACAUAUUUUUACAUACAAACACAUAACGUGUAGGGAAUGCAACAAAAACAAAAUGUAGUAUUAUACACCCAAUCAAUCAAUAAUUAUGAAUACGUAAAAGAAAGGUUUAGAUUAAAGACAUAUGAAUGCAAGCAAAUGCAAGCUAUAUACUCGCAUACACUAGUACUACUUUGUACUUGAUUCGUACUUGUUCCGUUUGUGUUUUUGCUCGUAGCCCAUGAACAGAUAGUGUCGUUAGUUUGUUUUUUUUGCGUGUACAAAAAACACAAUAUUCGCAAGCUUUGUGUAACAAUAAUGCUUUUCGUUCGCAACAAAUCUACAACACAAAGAAACGAACUGUGCAGCUUGCUCAAUGCUCGCUAUCAACAGAAAUAGCAUCGUUCUUAAUUAUGCUGAACAACAACAAAAAAGGCGGGAGAAAAAUGCACUAAUGAAGAGAAGUGUAAGACAGAAAACGUUAGUAACUUUAUUAUUGCGUACUGCACGCUCACCGCUUACAUCAUCUAAUGUAGCACGCACACAAACACCUACCGAUUACCCUCCUGCUGUUGUAUCCGCUUUAAGCUACUUACGGUAGCUGGUCACCGGGAGUUAGACCUGUGCAGAAAGGCAUACACGCGGCAUAUGAAAUACGAUCAGAGAUGCUCUUAUCGAGUUGGUAUUUGUCGUACAAUAAGGUAGGAACGUUCGAGAAACGCUGAAUGUGAAGGCGCCACAAUCACCAACAACCUUUAUUAAUAAGCCGUAGUACAAUCAUUCGACAUUCAUUAUUACAAUUUCGCGGUUAAGAUUCGUAAGCGUAAGUGAGAACAUGUGAGAUUUGCUGGUAACUGUGAGGCCAGAAUUUGUGUAAAAGUAAAACAAACAAUACAAGACACACUUUGCCAAAGCGAGGGAUUUCAAAAAUUUUCAUUAGGCAUCGGUGUAUGUAUGAGAUGAGAUUAUUUCAUUGUAGAAACAUUCGUUACAGCAUUGUAGGUAUUACUGCUUAGUGUUCGUUCAUUUCGAUUAGAAUUUCGUAAAACGCUGCUGUCCGUUGGUUGGAGACGAUGGUAACUCUCAAGCAAUGCAAUGCAUGUAUCCCAAAAACGCACACAUCAUCGUCAUGCUGUGGGACGAAUUAGUAGAGAAGGUAUAGCAAACUACAGAACUAAAUAUAGUAACGAUGUAUCGGGGUCAAUUCCUAUCGUUUGUGAGCAGGCUUGCAAUUUCCAUCCUUAUGACAGUUGUAUGGCGUUACGCAAGGACACAGUUUCUCCCAUGUCCAAUUAUGAACAAGUGUAGAUAAUAAUAAGUGAAGAAUUGAGCAUGCGGUGGGACCGGUUCGGCGGUGCAAACAAAACAAAAAAGGACAAAGUUUGUAUCUUAAAGAUACGGUAAACCAUUCGUUCUAUGGUAGAUGCUUUUUGCGCGCUUUUACGGCACUUCUUUCAUUUCUCGUUCUUGUUGUUGGUGUUUCUAAUAGUAGUGAUCGACUGGCGGUGGCCUAGCCCGUUAUGUCGCUUCUUGCGACGUAGAUGUAGAUUUGUAGCAAGCCUGAAAAAGAGGGAUGACAUUGUUUAAAAGAAACACAGAAAGAUGGUAGAAAUGUAGUGUGUCUCAUCAAUUAUGGUAUGCCGCCGGUAUGGCCGGUAUUAUUAUUAUUAUUAUGCUGCUUGAACGCAAAUGCACGCAUCUUGAUUUGCGUUCACAACCAAAACCCCAUUAACCCAUUUGACUCUUAUGACAAUUGAGUAGGAUAUAUAUGCAACACCUUUUGACUCGAAACAUUUUUGAAACAUGAUCUUUACUAAAGGCAUCUUCGUCGACGUCGAUACCUUUAUAUUCCGGUUCACAAACUGAUGGUGUGCGGUCACGUACGAGGAUCGAUACGUUAAAUAUUUCAUACACUUAGUUUCCUUCAGCCUUUCUCAACCUCAAUGAAAAGGAACAAAUCAUAUUCGGAUGCUCAUUAUAUACACUUGAAACAAAUAUAUAUAUACACACAUUAAAGAUAUUUAUAGCAUGUAUAAAUGCAUGAUGAUGGUAGCAAUUAUGAAUUAUAUUCUAAGUAGCUGCCAAGAAGGAGGAAGAAGUAUGAGGAGUAAAUAAACAAAAAAACUGGAAUGGAAAAAAGAACGUUACGUAGAGAAGCAGUAGAACAUGCAGAACCAGACACCUUUCAUUUCAUUUUUUCGUGACGAUCUUUAGCUUCGUUUCUUUUUGAAAUAAUCAAGUUUUGUGGAGAAUGGAGAAUGGAGCUCGGUGAAGAUUUUUCGGAAGGCUCAAAUGGUAUGUUAGGAAGGAAAAAUGUAGGUGAACGAAAAAAGAAUUUAAUAAAAGCAUCAGUUAAGGAUGGACGGUUAAAGACGGAGAUAGAUAUGAUGCUCCUCAGAGGAGUCCUUCUGCCACGCGGCCAACGAAAGGGAAGAACAGAGCAUAUAGUGAAGACAUAAACACACAUCCACACACAUACACAAACACACACGUUUGAAUAAUGGCAGAAUUGAUGCAAGUGGAAACAAGUGCAAUAGUAUAAGCUCUUUCUUCCUUCUCGAAGUAGAUAAUAUCAUCAUUUUCCAAAUCUUUCUUCCAAUUGUUGUGUUGCGCGGGUGUGUUGCAGUGACAAACUUUACUAAUAAAAAAAAACAACCUAAAAAAAUGUAUUGCACUCUA